AUGUCAUCAUCAUCAUCGUUAUCGACAACGUCAGCUGAACCAAUCGAAAACUCUGAAGAACGAGUGGACAACCAUGUUGAUAGGAUCCUUCCACCUGAAAAUUCAUUCCAUGAAAAUAAUAUCGGAACGCAAAUGACAAUUGACAGCAGCAUGCCAACCACACUCUGUGAAAUCAUACCAUCCAAUAUCACUCCCAUCAUCACCGAUUCAUCAUUACCAGAAAAUAAUCAUUCAUCGCAUCCUCCGCAAGUUCAAGAAUCUCAACACAAAAUUAUUAUUCGAGGAUUUUCGAAUAAUGAUGAACAUGACACUUUCACAAAAGAAAAUCAUUCCAAAACUGCUCCAUUGGAAAAUGACGAUCAUUUUCAUCAUGAUGAAAUGAUUCAUGAAAAAAAUCACUUCUCUUCUCCGAACCGUCAACAAGUUUCCAAAUUUGAAAAAUUUUCAAAAUUAAUUUCCAUUUUGAAUUUUUUACUAUUCGGAAAUCGAUGGAUUUCCUUCUUGAUCGGAGCUCUAUUGACCUUUUUGAGUGGUACUCAUUAUGCCUAUUCCUCUAUUUCUCCAACAAUUAAGAAUGAUUUAAAUUUUUCACAAACUCAAGUCAAUCUUAUUGGAACAGCCGCCAACGUAGGAACUUAUUUCGCACUUCCAGUUUCCAUGCUCAACGAUUUUAUCGGUUCACGAGUGACAUGUGUCAUUUCUGGACUGUUACUCUUCUCUGGUUAUUUCACAUUUUAUCUUGUUUAUAUUAAGGCCAUUCCCUUAAAUGGUUCUGAUGCUUAUAUUUUCAUCGCUUGCUUUAUGGCAGUCAUGGGACAAGGAAGUGCCGGCGCCUAUGCCGCUGCCAUUACCACAAAUAUUAAAAAUUUUGAAGAAAAACACCGAGGAAAAAUUAUUGGAUUUAUGGGAAGUUGUGUCGCUUUGAGUAGUGCAGUAUUUAGUUUGAUUUAUAGUGUGGGAUUUGAGAGAAAGUUAGGAGAGUAUUUGUUAUUUGUGGGAGUGUUUGGAGGAGGUGUGACCACUGUGUUAGGAACAUUGUUUAUGAACCAAAUUGGGAUUAAAAAGAAUGAAGAAAAUUCCAAGAAUGGAAAUGUGCAAGAUCACAAUGCAUGGAUGUUGAUCGAUGAAGAGGAGGACGUACAAAGUUUUGUGCAUGAUGAGGAUUUGGAGGAUGGUGAUGUGGAACAGAUUAAUGAUUUUUUAAUGAUGGGAAAUGACAAGAUGACAGAAAAAAAUGAUAAAAAAGAAGAAAUAUCGCAAGAAGAGAAGAUGAAGGAAGAAAGUGAACAAAUAACUCCAACUCAACCACAAGAAUUGAUAAUGAAUGUAACUUCACAACCCAUGCUUUCACAAAGUGAUCUAAUGACAAGUGACAUUUUGGAAGAGCAAGACCAAUUAGAGGAACGAGAAGAGGAAAUUCAAGUAGAAAUCGAACAAGUCAAAUCUAUUGAAGAUGAAAUGCUGAAAAGCACUGAACAUCACGAACAUCCUCUCCUUUUACCUAAAAUGGAAAAGAAACUAGAAUCUAAAUUCGACAAGAUUUACAGCAUUGCCCAAAAACCCAUUCCCAACGCCAAUCCCAUCCAAAUGCUCUUCUCUCUCGAUUUCUACCUGACCUUCUUCGUUUACUUUGCUUGUAUGGGCAGUGGACUUGUCAUUGUCAAUAAUUUAGGAUCCAUUGUCAUUUCGUAUGGAGGUUACGAUGGUCAACAACACGUCAUGGUCAUUAUUUUUGCAUGUUCCAAUGCAUUGGGAAGAUUACUUUUUGGCCUUACGAGUGAUUCAUUUAGUCGCUAUGUGACCCGAACGACUUUUUUGACAGGAGCUUCAAUUCUCAUGUUAAUUUGUCAAUUAGUGGUAUUGGUCUCUCCACUAUGGAUGUUUUAUUUGAUUUUAAUUUUGUUGGGAAAUUCAUUUGGAGGAGUGGCAGUCAUGAUUCCAUCGUUCCUGUCUGAACGAUUUGGACCAAAAUAUUUUGCAGUGAAUUCUUCGAUUUGUAGUUUGGCAAGUUCAUUGGGAAGUUUCUUGUUGGCAACUCUUGUGGCUGGAGAGGUGUACGAGAGCAAUAUUGCAAGUGACAACUUGUCAAAAAUUUGUUAUGGAAAUUCAUGUUUCCAAGCAACGUUUUAUUUGACCACAUUGUUGUGCUCCAUUUCAUGUGUAGCGUGCAUUGUGUUAAUGUACAGAACGAGAGGUCUCUAUCAAAUAUUGUAUUAUCGAAAAGUUCUCAAUUUGAAUCAUGAUCCAGUCAUGACCAAAUAA